CUCAAAUCGACGUAUUUCGAGCUCCACUGAUCAGCCUGUUUACAGAAGUCGCUCAUGUAUAACUACUAAACAAACGACAAGAAGCAUACAGAUACGUUACUGAUUUUAAAAGCUUUGGCAGUAACCACAACCUGUGAAAAUGGCAAACGUGUAUUCAUUCGAUGGUUUACUGGUGUUCGGCUUGCUGUUCAUCUGCACGUGUGCUUACCUGAAGAAAGUGCCUCGAGUGAAGGGCUGGCUGCUGGCAGAGAAGAGAGGGGUCUGGGGGGUGUUCUUCAAAGCAUCUGUGAUUGGGACCAGACUUCACCUGACAGUGGCUCUAUCCUGUGUGACCAUGGCGUUCUAUGUUCUCUUUCUAAAAUGACCAAAUAGGAGUCUGGACUGUCGAGUCUGGUCCCAGAUUUGUUUGACAAUGACAACAAUGGAUUUGGCAAGACCGCACAAACAAAUCUGGGACGAGGCUACAUGGACACUGCCGCUGAGCUUGGAACCAAUGAACAAUGUGGCGAGAAAAGAGGACGGGGCUACACGCUUUUGAAAUGUGGUCUUCUGUCUGUCAACACGCCACACACCCUUCACUUUCUGAAGUGAGAUGUUUAUUUUAUUUGGAACGGUGAUGAAAAAGACACGGACUGACACAGAGAUCAACAACACGAGUGUCCCCCUGUGUGCAGUCAAUGGUCAAAAUGGGGUGGUUGAUUUAUCUCUUUUUGUUAAUAGAGUUUUGAGAUUUUAUGUGGGGGGUUUUUGCAAGACAAAUGGUACUGGUGUAAAUAUAUUCCAAGUGCCUUGUCUUGUUGAAUUUACUGGCAGUUACUUGAGUGAAGAGUGAGGCUUCACCAUUGUGUGACUAGUGUUGUUGGGGUUCAGGACUUUGGACUAAUGUACCUACACAGGACCAAUGUAUAAUAUAGCCAUUCAUUUGACAUGAAACAUGACACUAAUGAUCUGAACCACAUCUUAACAUUUGCCAGUACUUUGUCCCUUAUUACAGUGAUGCAAAGUGUAUAUUUUUCUAAGAUGUGGAUGAGGGUGAACAUGGAAACAAAGUGUUUCAAAUAUAUCACAGUAAAUAAAUGCA